CUCACUGUGCCCUGCAGGAAAUUUUAGUGAACGCAUCAAAGCACGAGCUGACCCAGCUGAUCUACCGUCACCUGAAGGAGCAGGGUUUCCACUCAGCUGCAGAUGAGCUCCAGAGGCACAGCCCACAGGUGGAGACAAACACAUCUGCAUCAUUGUACGACAUCUACACUUCAUGGUUAAGGGACUCAAAGAAGAAAAAGCAGCCAGACUCGGUCAAAGGGACUCCAGUUAAGGCCACACCAAGGAAAAAGAAGGACAAACCUGCAAACAAAGCAGAGACACAAAAAAAGAAGUCUGCGCCAGCGAAAAGGAAAAAGAGUGACGGUAAAUCUGCAGAAAAUGACAUCAAGGCGAAAAAAUCCAAGACCCAAACAAAAGACAAGGUGGCUGCUGGAGGAGAUGAUUCAGACUCUGACAGCAGUCUGGAUGUAGAUAAAUGGAAGAAACUGGUGCUGCAGAUGACAGAGUCUGACAUCGCCAAGAUGGACACCAUCAAUGCUCUGGACUCCUCUGCUCCUCCACCUGUGAAAAAGAGAGUGAGGAAACCCCGGGCUAAGCCUCCUGCAAAACCUGACACUCCCCUUAAACAGAAUAACGAGAUGGCUGGAAAAAAUGAAAAGGUGGAGGAGAAACCUGUGACUGAAACACCAGCAAAGAAUACUAAACCCAGGAGGAGCAGCCCAAAAAAGACUGCACCUGUGACCUCCUCUGCCUCCUCAAGCCAAGUGCAAAACAUCACCUCUGUAGAGGAGAGACCAGGGAUGUCUGCCAUCUCUCCGUCAAAACAGACACCAAAGAAGGAGAAAAGGAAAGACAUGACUCCCAGUGAAGAAAAAACUGAUGAGACAACGUCUGAGCCCAAAAAGAAGAAGAAGAAGAAAAAGGAGAUUACUGAAGAGGAAAUGGUGGAGAGUACAAACGAGACUGGUGGAGAUGGAAAAGACAAGAACAGUAAAAAGGAAAAGAAAAAGAAGACUGAAGUAACAGAUAAAGAAUUAAGUGAUAAACCUGCGGAGCAUGAGAAAAAUGCAAAGGGAGACAGAAAAAGGAAUGAGACUGAAAAAGAAAUCAUCAAGAAGAAUACAGAUGGCGAUGUUGCAAAUGGGGAAACAUCAGAGCCGUUAGUUCAAGAAAAGAAACCCAAGAAGAAGAAAAAGGAGAAAACUCAUAGCGAGGAAAAUUCAGAGCACGCGGCUGAAGAAAAGAAAGUAAAGAAGAAGAAAAAUAGAGUUGAUAGUGAGGAAAAUUCAGAACAGGCAGCUGAAAAAGUAGAAGAAAAUUCAGAGCAGAUAGUUGAAGAAAACGAAGCAAAGAAGAGUAAGGAGGCUGCUGAUGGUGAGGAAAAUUCAGAGCAAAGAGUUAAAGAAAAGAAAGCAAAGAAGAAGAAAAAGGAGAAACCCGAUGAGGAAAAUCCAGAGCAGAUCGUUAAAGAAAAGAAAAAGAAAAACAAACACAAAGCUGAUCAUGACGGGGAGAUGUCGGAGCAGAUACUUGAAGAAAAUACGACAAAGAAAUCGGAGAGCAGCGACAGAGCAGAACCGCCGGAGCAGAUUACUGAAGUGAAGAAGAAGAAGAAGAAAAAGGACUCAUCAUUGCAAAAUAAUGACACAGAACCACUACCUCCACCCAACGCUGAGACAUCCACUUCCUCAACAGAGAAGAAGAAAAAGAAGAGCAAGUUGAAAUCAGCUGAGGUCCCAGACACACCUGACGUUUCGGUCCAAGACGCUGCAGCAACACAAACCCUCCAAACACCCUCAAGUAACUCCACCCCCAAAAAGAAAAAGAAGUCGUCGAAGAGCACAGAGUCGUGAAGAUGUUUGACUCUUCAAGAUGAAGGCGUUACAUCCUCUCUGUCCUAUUUCUAAUCAUAUUUUAAUAGUUAGAAAAACACUUAAAACUGUACAGAGAACAUGACUUGUCUAUUUUGGUACAUUUUAACAAAAAAAAAAAAAAAAAUUUCAUUGUUUUAUGUGUUUACCCACAGAGUGUGGAGCACUGUGCCACAGCUGUUAUUUUUCUACUUUGUCUUAUCUGAUUCUGCCAUAUUAAUGGCACGAUUAUGUCAGAGGGUUUUAUAAUUGUUUUAUGGAAUGGACGAUCCCUCAUGGUAUUUCUUUUCGAAGUGAAAAUCAGUGGUUGAUUGAACAGAAAAAUGUCUCCUUUAAAGGUGUAGUCUGCGAUUCUUAUCUAACCUCUCGGUCCGCUGGCUGUCUGUUCUGUGUGUGGGCACUAAAAAUAAAUGCAGUGUCCAUUAAAGGGGACACAAACAGAGUGGCUCAGACCGAACCGAACGACACUAUCAUGCUGUGCUCAUGCCCAGGACAGGUGAUAGCCCGUGGGUGUGUACAAAUGAAGGCAGAGAGAGCGAGAGGGAUGCUAACAUGGAGUCUCUGGAGGAGCACUGGUGGGAGGGGUUUAUUUGUUUGGGUGUUGAGUUCAAGUAUCGCUGACCUCACCUUUAAACAAAUUCUCUUUCAGUCUCAGGACUGUAUCCCACGAUAGUCCUAAAUGUUAAUUUGCUUCCUGUGUGCACCCACUUACUCUGCUCUUGUGGAUGGAAAAAAAGAAAACACCACAUGUUUUGAUUAGUUUUAUAUUUAUUCAAAAAUAUCUGGAAAACUGUUUUAGCAGUCUAUUUUUGGUAUCGGGUCAAGUAGCCAACCUAUGUUUGUGAAAAGCAUGUUUUUUUUAAACAAAAGUUUUAAAUGUUUGAUAAAGCUUUCAUAUGCUUUAUAUGCAUUGUAUAUUAUGCUUUUAAUACAAACUAAACAGUAUUUUUUUCAAUGUCUCUGUGCCUGCCUUAAGUCUUUUAAGUCUGUUAUUUGUGGACAGGAAGAAGAGAUACACCGAUCAGCCAAAAC